AUAUGUUUGCUUGUGUUGCUCCAUUUGCUUUACGAAACAAAACAAAAUAACGAAAAGGAAUCCUGGUUAUUUUUCGUAUUUACUUCAGGAUGCUCAAAGAAAAUGUUCUUAAAUUUAUCGAUGGAAUUAAAUCCUGGCAUACGGACAUACGGUUUAAAAACCUAAAGUAUAACUUAGUGUAAAUUGAGCACUUAUCAUAUGUAUGACACAUGUCCAGCUUGGAUCCAUCUUCUACUUUUAACUUUUUCAUCCCGUUAUCGAAGUAAUUUUGAAGUUCUUUCGCAUGACCUUCGAGAUGCCCGUAGAUAAUUCCAACACCAACAAAUUUUGUAGGGAGAAUUGCAUUGAAAGAAUCACGAAUGGUAUUUUGUUGUGUAGAUGUGGCGAGGAUAGGAAUCACUUUGAAUGGAAGUUCCAAAGGCCAGAGUCCGCGUUGAAUGUUGUGCUGUCGAAUAAUGAUAAAGACGUGCUCUUCCAUCCGGAGAGAAGUGAAGGCACCGCCGUGGUGAAAGGCGGCAAACCUUUCGAAAGGGAUAAACAUUACUAUUGGGAAGUUAAGAUAGUGUCCCCUCUUUAUGGUUCGGAUGUUAUGGUUGGCAUAGGGACGGGACGAAUCAAUUAUCAGAAUUUGAUGGGCAACUUCUGCAGCUUCCUUGGUUUGGAUGCGGAAUCGUGGGGCUAUUCUUACCGAGGUACCGUUCAACACGAUCAGGAGAAGCGGAACUAUGGAAUUUCGUUCGGGAUUGGGUGUCUUGUGGGUGUGUACUUGGACAUGUGGAAAGGGAGUCUUGAAUAUUACGUCAACAGACGUCCUCGUGGUGUUGCUUUUGAAAACCUAAGAAAACAUUCAACAUUGUAUCCAAUGUUGAGCUCUACCGCAGCGGAGUCGUUGAUCAGGUUGACUUGUUCGGCUUCAGCAAGUGCGAGUUUACAAUUACACUGUUUGAAGGUCGUGAUGAAACAUCCGCAUCUGUACCGGACGUACCGAAAUGAAUUACCGCAAAUAGCUGAACAUUUCGAAAGCAAGUAUUUCUGGUUGCAACCCUCAAAUGAAGGAAAUAACGAAACGGUGACUUCGGAGGAAGAGGAGAAGGACUAAGGAACUAUCUGAAGUACUUAAAACUUAGUAGAGCGAAUCUGUGAGCAAAACAGUUUUGGUUUUUUAUAUAUAUUACUUGUGGUACAAUAAAAUAAUACUAAAUAAUGGUGUUUAA